CCCAUUCACUCCCAGUGGGACCCACCCCUUCCCAUUCAGUCCCAGUGGGACCCACCCCUUCCCAUUCAGUCCCACCAUCCUCACUCCCAGUGAGACUACAUUGAAUCUGAUUGGUUCUUGAUAUCCACGUUGGUUUCUGAUUGGUUCUCAGGCCUGUUAGGGCCUGUUGGUGAUUGGUUGUUGUCUGGGAAUGGCUCUCUCCAGCCUCUUUCUUCCAGCUACCACUCCAUUACACUUUGGAAAUUCCUGGGGCUGAUCACAGACUUCUUCGGAGGGAAGGCGAGCAUGUUGGAGCGUCUGGCCGGGGAGCAGGUUUCUCCCAGUCCCUUCCCCUGCUGUUGCUGUUGCUGUUGUCCCUUCAUUUCUGUCACCAGGGUGAGCCUGCGCUGGAUGACGGUCGCGGUGUUCCAGCUGUCCGUGGUCAGGACCGCACUGUUCUUCGUGCUGCUGGUCCUGUGGACGGACGAGAAGUACGAUUACGGGGAGGUGGGCUUCCGCAGCCCCAACAUCUACAUGCACAUAAUCAUCGGUGCCUCCACGUUCCUCUCCUUCUACGGCUACCUCCUCUUCUACAAGGCCACCAAGAGUUCACUCCCUGGCUACGGACUCCAGGGCAAGUUCAUCUGCGUCACCAUGGUCCUGGUUUUGUUUGGGGUCCAGAGCGGCAUCCUGGAGACCAUGGGUGCAUUGGGCGCCAUCCCUUGCUCGUCUCCCUUCUCCGUCGACAUGCGAUCGCAGAUCAUCUUCAACUACGCAGUGAUCGUGGAGAUGUUCUUCAUCAGUCUGCUGGCUCGUUUCUGCUUCCGCAAGGUGGAGCCAGGCAGCCACCCCGCCCCCGGCCCGGCCCGCGAGCACAAGUCCGCCCAGACGGACGACGGGCACUCUGCCGGCACCCCCGAGCCCGACCGGUUCCCGGACGAGGUGCUGUGCCAGAUCGAGCACGCGCCACUGGACCGCUUCGACUUCGGAGAAGUGGUGAGGUCGCUGGGGGGCCGAGACCUCGAUCCCGAGGGGGGGCCGGCGCCUGCUCAGAAGGGGACUGCCCCGCAAGACCCAGUGCCCCCUGGGCCGAGCGUCAUCCAGGUCAAAGUGCAGGUCAACUCGUGUGAGGCCAAGCAGGACGUGACUCUGGUCUGAACUAACAGUCCUUAGAAACCGGACUGUCCCAGGAGCGUUGCAUUUGCUCAUGGACACAGUGCAGAAUAGCCCCUCCUCUAAUCGGGGGACAAUUUACAAUGAUCAAUUAACCUACUAACCAGGAGGUCUUUGGACUGUCACCUGGAGAAAGCCCAUGUAUCCCUCAGCGAGGACAUAGAGAGGGUGCCGGGAUCAAACUCCAAACUCGACACUCUGAGCUGUCGUGCUAACUGCUACGUGACUGUGGCACCCAAGGGUGCGGCUCGGUGAGCUGGGUGGGACUACUCUGCGCUGUAUCCAUUACUGCUACAAAGGCAAACUGAAAGGUCUUGAGGUGGACAAGUCACCUGGGCCAGAUGGACCUCAUCCCAGAGUCCCGAGAGAGGUCGCUGAAGAGAUAACGGUCAUGAUCUUUCAAGAAUCACACUCCGGCAAGGACUGGAAGAUUGCAAAUGUUACUUCACUGAAGGGAAAAGAAAGGAAAUUAUAGGCCGGUUAGGCUGACUUCAGUGGUUGGGAAAGUGUUGGAGUCUAUUAUUAAGGAGGUAUCGGGGUACUUGGAGACUAACGAUAAAAUAAGUCAGUCAGCAUGGUUUCUGUGAGGGAAAUCUUGCCUGACAAAUCUGUUGGAGUUCUUUGAGGAAGUAACAGGCAGGGUGGACAAAGGAGAGGCAGUGGUUGUCGUUUGUUUGUCUUCUCAGAAAGGGUUUGAUAAGGUGCCACACGUGAGGCUGCUUAAUAAGUUAAAAUCCUGUGGUGUUACAGGAAAUGGCUGACAGGCAGGAGGCAGCGAGUGGGCAUAAAGGAGACCUUUGCUGCCAGUGAUUAGUGGUGUUGCUCAGGGGUCAGUAUCGGGACCGCUGCUUCUCACAUUGUUUGUCAGUGAUGUGGAUAAUGGAAUUGGUGGCUUUGUGGCAGAGUUUGAAGAUAGGUGGAGGGGAUGCACUGCGCUUGUAGCAGGACUUCAACAAAUUGGAAGGAUGAACAAAAAAUGUGUCAGGUGGAAUGUGGUGUUGGGAAAUGUAUGAGAAUGCAUUCUGGUAAAAAGAACAAUAGUGCAGACUAUUCUCUAAAUGGGAAGAAAAAUCAAACAUCAGAGGUGCAGAGGGACUCGUGCAAGACUCCCAGAAGGUUAAUUUACAGGUUGAGUCUGUGGUAAAGAAGGCAAAUGCAAUGUUAGCACUUAUUUCAAGGAGAGUAAAGCAAAAAGAACAGGGAGAGAGUGAUGAAGCUUCAUAAAACACCAAUCGGGCCACAUGGAAUAUUGUCGACAGUUUUGGGACCCGUGUCUCAGAAAGAUGUGUUGUCAUUGAAGGGGCCAGAGGGGGUUCGCGAGGGGUUAAUAUACGGGGAGUCUUUGGGCCUGGAAUUUAGAAGAAUACGUGGGGAUCUCAUUGAAACCUACCGAAUGUUGAAAGGACUAGAUAGAGUGGAUGUGGAGAGGAUGUUUCCUAUGAUGGGGGUAUCCAGAUCUACAGGGCACAGCCUCAAAAUUGAAGGGCCACCCUUGGGGAGGAAUCUUUUUAGCCAGGGGGUGGUGAAUCUGUUGAAUACUCUAACACAGGCCAUCGGUGAGUAUAUUUAAGGCAGAAGUUAGUAAUUUCCUGAUCGGUCAGGGCAUCAAAGGACAUGGCGAGAAGGCAGGUGUAUGGGGUUGAGUGUGAUCUGGGAUCAGCCAUGAUGGAAUGGCAGAGCAGACUCGAUGGGCUGAAUGGCCUACUUUUGCUCUUGUGUCGUAUGGUCUAAAGGACUGGGGGCUGUGUCGACUCCUGCACAUUCACAAAAGCCAGUCCUGUCUUCCCCAGGAGCUACAAGGAAACCGGACAGAAUUCCACAAGGUAUUACAAAUAGCGGGGAGAGCACUGCAGGAACUGGAGAUCUUUAGGGGCACACCAUCGGACGAUUUAAACACUGGGCCGGGUGGAUUGAAAAGGCAGGGUGUUGGGACAAGAGGUGAGGGUCAGUUCUGCUCCCUGCUCUGUUACAUCGGCUCGGGUCUGCACUGAACUGAGGGAGAAGCUGUGGCCUGCUGUGUCAGUCCUGGGCUUCAUAUCAGAGGACCCACCUCCGUUCUCAAUGCUAUUCGCUUACUUUUAUUGUUUGCACGAUUUGUUCUUUUUUUCUCUCUCCGCACAUUGGGUGUUCGACGGACUUUUUUUAGCAGGUUCUUUUAGGGCUCUUUGUUUUGUGGCUGACAAAUCUCGCGGCUGUGUGAAGUAUACACACUUUGAUAAUAAACCUACUUUGACUUUUGAACUUGGAGAGAAUACUAAAGGAACUCAGCAGAUCAGGCAGCGUCUGU